AAGGGUGUGUUCAAAAAUCUUACUCGUAGGGUAAAGACCAGAGGAUUUCUUUAUUCGAUUGGUUCUCAAAUGCUAUUAUACUUGACAGAUAAAAAUUCUGAACACACUCCAGAAGAAAGGUAGACGGGCAAUACACCUCGGGACAUUCCGUCAACGUAGCUCGGAUGGGCUCGGGUUGUAUAUAUUCAAAAGGACUACAAACAAACAUAAAAACUUAAUUUUAUAUGUUAAAAUUGACUUAAAAAUUAAAUAUACCCGAAAAAUUAAAGAAAUGCUCAAUGAUGGAAGAAGAGCCUGAAGUGGUGGAGCAUUUUUUUGGAGUAUAUCUAUUGUAUUGCAUCAAUCCAAAAUACAGUGGUAGAACAUAUAUAGGUUAUACUGUAGAUCCAAAACGCAGGAUCAAGCAACAUAAUGCUGGUAAGAAAUAUGGUGGGGCUUGGAAAACUAGCAACAAAGGACCAUGGAACAUGGUUUUGAUUGUUCAUGGAUUCCCGAAUAGCACUUCUGCACUCAGAUUUGAAUGGGCUUGGCAGCAUCCACACGAGAGUAGGCGGCUGAAACAUAUUCCCAAGAAGAAGUCGAUUCAAAAGAAAUUUGAUUUCUGUUUGACAGUUCUGUCUGAAAUGUUGAAAGUUGGGCCUUGGUGCCGUUUACCCUUGACAUUGCGUUGGUUGGAUUACGAAUUUUCCACCCGCUAUCGCGGAUGUAUAUCUUUACCAUUACACAUGCCUAUAUGCUAUGGCAAAGUUACUAGUUGUAAACCUAAGCCAGCACAAAUUAUAAAAACAGAUAAUAUUUUAUCACAAGAGUCACAUUUAUUAGUAGAAAAUUCACCUAUAUUUUGUUUUCUUUGUGGCUCAAAUAUGACGGAGAAAGAGUCUGUCACUUGUAUAAAACCAAAUUGUUUUUUAAUUGUACACUUAAUCUGUUUAGCAAAAAUAUUCAGCAAAGAUGGAAUGAUCUUACCCCUUGAAGGCACUUGUCCUACAUGCAAAACUAGUAUUCUCUGGGGAGAUCUUAUAAAAAAAAAGAAAGGAUGUUAUCAAAAUGUCGGCGAAAACACCGAUUUUUCUUCUAGCGAUAGUGACAUUUAAACAUUUCAAGUAAUGUGACAUAAUUUGUAUAUAAAAAAUACGAUUUUUAUCAAAUUUUUA